AUGAGCAGCAUUGCCCCGUCAAUGUCGCAGAAGAUUGGCGUCGCCUGCGCCGACAAGGGCGUUGAAUUCCUGGAUGCACCCGUGAGCGGUGGAGAGCCGGGAGCCAUCGGCGGCACACUGGCCAUCAUGGUUGGUGGCAAGCAGUCGGUGUUCGACGACUGCGAACCUCUGCUGCAAGUAAUGGGCGGCAACGUAGUGCUGACCGGAGAUGUCGGAGCGGGCAACAUUACCAAAUUGGCCAAUCAGAUUAUCGUUGCCGCCAACAUCGAGGCGCUGAGCGAGGCGAUGGUACUGGCUCAAAAGGCCGGUGUGGACCCGGAGCGCGUCUUCAACGCCAUUCGCGGCGGGCUGGCCGGCAGUGCAGUCAUGGAAGCCAAAGGCCCAAUGAUGUUGGAUCGCAACUUCCGGGCCGGGUUCCGCAUUCGGUUGCAUCAGAAAGAUUUGCGCAACGUGCUGCAAACUGCCGGUGAGCUAAACGUGCCGCUGCCGGUAACGGCGCUGGUUCAGCAGAUGCUCGGCUCGCUGAUGAACGACGGCGAGCACGACGCCGACCACUCCGCCAUCCUGCACUUCAUCGAGCAGAUGGCCGGCGUGGAGGUCAAGCGGGGGGGCUGA